AUGUCCGCGAGCCAAACUCAAAUUAAGAUAGUUUUACUUGGUGAUCAGGCAGUCGGAAAAACAUCCCUUCUCCAAAAAUGGGUUGUUGGUAAUUAUGAUGUAAACUUACCUCCAACUGUUGGUGGAGCAACUCAGAUCAGACAAGAUGUUGUAGAAGGAGUUAAAUAUAGUUUUCAAAUUUGGGAUACUGCUGGUGCAGAAAGAUACAGAGCUCUUACUCCUUUAUAUACUCGUGAUGCAGCUGCCGCAAUGAUCGUUUUCGAUUUAACUUCACAGACAUCUGUGGAUAAUAUCAAGCAAUGGGUGGAAUUCGUUCAUCAGCAUGGCUCCAUGCCCUUUAUAAUAGUUGGAAAUAAGGAAGAUUUAGUUGAUGAACAAAUUAUUACCCCAGAAGAAGCUCUGGAACUAGCUUUCUCAGUUCAAAGUCAGUUUUUUGCUACAAGUGCUAAAACCGGAAAUAAUGUCGACUUAGCUUUUCGACAAUUGGAAUGUAUCGCCGUUGAAUAUUACACGAAAUCUGGAGCAGGAGGAACCGCUACAAUUGUUAUUGAUCCAGAACUCAAACCACCUCCACAUGGUUGCAGUUGCUGA